AUGGCACCAUCUUCCUCUCUGUUACCGUUUGCGGUGAGACGUAAGGAUCCUGAAUUGGUUGUGCCAGCAAAACCAAUCCCAUAUGAUCAGAAGCAACUGUCAGAUGUAGAUAACCAAGAAGCCCUGCGUUAUCAAAUUUCAUUCAUCAUGUUCUACGACAGUAACAGUAAUCCUUGCAUGGAAGGAGAAGACCCUGUCAAGAGCAUUCGAGCUGCUCUAGCUGAAGCACUAGUGUUUUACUACCCAUUUGCUGGCAGGCUUAAAGAAGGUCCUGAUGGCAAGCUUCUUGUGGAUUGCACAGGUGAAGGUGUCUUGUUUAUUGAGGCUGAUGCUGAUACCACUCUUGAACUACUCGAAGACACGAUUCAGCCACCGGUCCCAUAUCUUGACCGACUUCUUUAUGAAGUUCCUGGCUCUACAGGAAUCGUCGGAUGCCCUUUGUUGCUGAUUCAGGUGACUCGUUUGAUGUGUGGAGGAUUUGUCUUUGCAAUACGUUGGAACCACACUAUUGCUGAUGCAGUUGGUAUGUUCAAAUUCUUGAACACAGUUGCAGAGAUGGUACCAUCUGGUGCUGCUAAACCUUCCUUUCUUCCUGUGUGGCAAAGAGAACUAUUAACUGCAAGAGACCCUCCACGGGUGACUUAUGAACAUCACGAAUUCGAUGAGGUGGAUGACACCGAUUAUGGCACUGUGGAUGAUGAUUCAAUUGUUCACAAGUCUUUCUUAUUCGGCCCCAAAGAAAUGAGUUCGCUUCGGGAUCUUCUUCCACCGCAUCUUCGUUCAAGUUCUUCGUUUCUAGUGUUAUCUGCUUGUUUAUGGAAAUGCCGAACGAUUGCAAUGCAACUUGAGCCAGAUGAGAUUGUUCGCGUAUCGUACAUGGUCAGUGCAGGUGGCAAGGAAGGCAUAAAACUGCCUGCUGGUUACUAUGGGAACGCCGUCACCUUUCCGGUCGCACUUUCAAAGGCUGGAUUGCUAUGUAAAAAUCCAUUAGAGUAUGGACUAGAUUUGGUCAAGGAGAUAAAGAACAGAUUGAAUGAAGAGUAUAUAAGAUCAGCUAUAGACCUUUUCGUAAUCAAGGGAAGGAAACAAUAUAGAACAGUAAGAGACUUUGUAAUUGCUGAUACAACGCGUGUGCCGUUUGGAGAUAUUGAUUUAGGCUGGGGAAAGCCAGUAUAUGGUGGUCCUGCAGGAGCCAUUAAAGAUGUUAGUUUCUUUGCAAAGUUUAAGAAUGGUAAAGGAGAGGAUGGUAUCGUAGUACAAGUUUCAUUGCCAUGGCAAAUCAUGGAAAGGUUUCAAAAGGAGUUAGUAAAGAUGGUAGGGGACUCUUUGAAUGAUCAGCACUACAGAAUUGCCACAGAAAUCACAUAUUCCAAGCUCUAG